UUGGCGCAGGAGCUCGCUGAGCUCAUGUCUCAACCCCCAGACAACAUCAGCGUGGUCCCGAACGAGAACAACUUGGCAUCAUGGGAAGUAACGAUCACUGGACCGCCUUCGCCAUCACCAUAUAGCGGCGGUAAAUUCAAGCUGGGCGUGGAAUUCGGUUUGGACUACCCCUUCAAAGCACCUCAGAUCAAAUUCAAGACGAAGAUGUACCACCCCAACAUCGACAGCGACGGAAGUAUCUGUAUGGGUAUGCUGAAAACGGACCAAUGGAAACCAUCAACAAAGAUGCAACACGGCAAUAUAGUUUUCUUUGCUCUGUAUGAUCUCAUUGAAACACCCAAUCCCGACGACCCCCUCGUUUCCUCCAUCGCUGAACAAUAUCGCACAGAUCGCCCGAGCUUCGACAAGAAGGCAGCGGAAUAUACCAGACAAGUGAGAGGCUUUUCGAACAGGGCAUCGAGACGAACCAUAAGCUGA